CAUAGUCGUUGGCUGCAGAAUACUCCAAGGCUUUUCCUUUAGUGAGUUGUGUCCACAGAACUUGUAAAACUUCUACACAUUCAUUACUUCCACUGUCUUUCACACUUGACUUCUUCAACAGUUAUACCCUAGAGCUGCAUGAACUUGUCUAGAAAUCAAGUGAAGGCUGUAGAAUCUAAUAAGGAUAACAUUCUUUCAGAUCCAACUUGACUUCCACUUAGUCAUGCAAUAACCAUCAACAAUAUCUUCAACUUGCUCUCAUAUUAAUUUCUUAGUAUGAGUUUUUCUUGUUUCUACACUAUGCAUCCAAUCAAUUUGAGUCUUGCGACUUUACAGCCAUAGAAAUUUCCAAGAACUGUCCAGCUAGAGUUUUCUCUACUAUAUAUUAUCAGCCAUAGGAAAAAUGAGAGAUUUUCAUCAUCGUUUACUCUUGUUUCUUUACUUGUUCCUACUCUCUUUGUAUCAAGCAAGUAUCGCUUCAUCUCUGUCAACAGCAACAAAAGCUGCCCACCACCGAUGCCGCGAUGACCAGAGAUCGGCCUUCGCGCAGCUGCAAGAGAACCUUAAAUUCCCAGUAUCAUCUUCAAAAGCUGAGUUGUGGGACCUGAAAACAGAUUGUUGCUCUUGGGAAGGAGUUGCAUGUAAUGAUGUUGGUCAUGCCACUCGACUUGACCUGAGUUCUGCGUAUGAUGAAUAUGGAGAUUCUAUUUCACUCAAAAAGCCAAACCUUGGAAUGCUUUUCCAGAAUCUCAGUUUUCUAGUAGAGCUCAAUCUUGAUUAUGUAAACAUUUCAGCACAAGGUAGCAAUUGGUGUGAAGUCAUCUCCCAUGUGCUUCCCAACCUUAGAGUCUUGAGUUUGUCUGGCUCUGGUCUUUCUGGUCCUCUUUGUUCCUCUCUCUCAAAACUCCAUUUUCUCUCCAAACUCGAUCUUCAUAGCAAUUCCGAACUCUCUUCCAUUCCACCCAGUUUCUUAGCAAAUUCCUUCAACUUGGAAACUCUUGACUUAUCAUAUUGUGGCUUGAACGGGAGCUUUCCAAACAACAUUUUCCUAUUGCCAAAACUACAGUACAUUGAUCUCUCUGAAAAUUUACUCCUUCCAGGUCAGUUUCCAGACUUCUCAUUGAAUAGUUCUAUUCAAUACUUGUCACUCAAGAGCACAAGCUUUUCUGGGAACAUCCCACUGUCAAUCAGCAAUCUCAAGUCCUUGAAUUAUCUAGACCUGAGCAGGUGCAAAUUUUAUGGAGUUAUCCCAGUUUAAUACAGCUAUCACAUAAGAGAAGAUAGAAGCAAUGGAUGAAGAAAUGCAUGCCAUUGAGAAAAAUGAUACCUGGAAGCUGACUUAUCCACCAGAAAACAAGAAAGCAAUAGGUGUCAAAUGGGUCUAUAAGACAAAAAAGAAUGCAAAAGAAGAAGUGCAAAAAUACAAAGCCAUUGAAGAGGGAAACAUUUAUCAGAAUGAAGUUCAUGCUUGGCAUGACAUCCCUCGAUUGAGUUUAAAGGGGAGAUUUGUUGUAUUAAACUCAAUCAAUCUAGAAGGUCAAGGAAGGCAACCACCGGCCAGCCAGCCACCAGCUGUGACCGACCAGCCACCAGCCGCAGCCGCCAGCCGCCAGCCGCCUUCACACCAUUGGCCGCCAGCCGCCUUCACACUUGAAGGUUGAAUUAUCUUGUUUUGAAUUCGUGUAUAAAUAGCAAGCUAAGCUUAUGUUAUUCUGUGUGGAGAGAUUAGAGAGAAACACUAGAGAGAAAGAGAGAGAGGGCGUGUAUUGUAUUAAGCUUUUGUGUUUGUCAUUAAUUGUAAGCUUUUGUUUUUGAAAUAAAACCUUGUGUUUUAUCCCC